GUCGAAAGCUUUUAUUUGUAGCGACAGCGUGUUUAUUCUGCAGAGACAAGAAGGAGUGAGAGUCAUCAUGCCUGGGGUCCUGCUAGGAGACGUCUUUCCUAACUUCGAAGCAGACACGACUAUUGGCAAGAUCAAAUUUCACGAAUUCCUGGGUGACUCAUGGGGCAUCCUGUUCUCUCACCCACGCGACUUCACCCCUGUGUGCACCACCGAGCUGGCGUGUGCUGCUACGCUAAGCGAUGAGUUUAAGAAGCGCGGUGUGAAGAUGAUCGCUCUGUCUAUAGACAGCGUGGCCGACCACUGUGCAUGGAGCAAGGACGUGAUGGCACUUCACUCAGAAACAACAGGCAAUCCUCUGCCAUUCCCCAUUAUAGCAGAUGAUAAGCGGGAACUCUCGGUUCUCCUGGGAAUGCUGGACCCUGAUGAGAGGGACAAAGAUGGCAUGCCCCUCACUGCCCGCUGUGUGUUUGUUGUCGGGCCUGAUAAGAGGCUGAAGCUUUCCAUCCUUUAUCCUGCCACUACAGGGCGCAAUUUCAACGAGAUCCUUCGAGUCAUCGACUCUCUGCAGCUGACUGCCAACAAAAAGGUGGCUACACCCGUCAACUGGAAGCCUGGCGAUAAGGUGAUGGUCAUCCCUUCUCUCUCAGAAGAAGAGGCCAAGAAGCUUUUCCCUGCUGGAUUCACUACCAAAGAAUUGCCUUCUGGGAAAAAAUACCUGCGCUAUACCCCACAGCCAUAAACAAACAGCCAGGAUUUGAG